AUGAGUUCCUUCGGAAGUCCCGGGUCAGGCCCCUAUACAGGAAAACCCAUCCCACCGGAAAGGGGCAGCUUCCCCCUCGACCAUGAUGGCGAGUGCAAGGACGUGAUGCAGACCUACCUCAACUGCCUCAAGAAGGUGAAGGGCCACAAUGAUCCCGCCUGCCGCGAGCUGGCGAAGAACUACCUGACGUGUCGGAUGGACCGGAAUCUGAUGGCGAAGGACGAUUUCAAGAAUCUGGGCUUUGGCAACGAGAAGCCCAAGCCCGAGCCCAAGGAGCCGGAAAAGGGGGUCAAGGGCGAGCUGCACUGGUAG